GCAACCUGUUCUUCUCAGUUGAUAUUAACAGCAAAAGCACAGCGUUAUCUCCAACGUAUUUGGCUUUCAAUUAACUACAUGAGAACCAUAUAGAAAUUAGCCUGUGACCUACAGGAUAGAGAUUUACAUAAUUUGAUCAAACAUUACAGUAGAUGAUACUCAGAUUUUCUCUCAGAGGCAGGACUCCAACACGCAGUGGAAAAACAACAAAAGGAACACGACAGAAAGCAGGAAAGGGAAGAUGAAAGACCGACUUCAAGAACUAAAGCAGAGAACAAAGGAAACCGAACUCUGUAGAGACAGUCACGUGCUGGCUACGGAAGCAGACGAACAAGGGGCGUUGGAGCAACAAGCUGUCAUUUACGAAAGGGAGCCUGUGGCCGAGAGACACCUCCAUGAGGUCCAAAAGCUACAAGAGGCUAUUAACAACUUCACAGAUGACGUUCAAAAAUUUGGACAGCAUCAGAAAAGCCUGGUGGCUUCAAUGAGAAGGUUUAGUCUACUUAAGAGAGAUUCUAGCACUACGAGGGAGCUAAAAACCCAGGCAGAACACAUUAACAGAAGCUUGGCUGAGUUAGUUAAAGAAGUGAAAAAGUCAGAGGCUGAAAAUGGACCCGCAUCAGCGGUCACAAGGAUACUCAGAUCUCAGCACGCCGCAAUGGCGCGUCGCUUUCAGCAGACCAUGUUCAUGUACAACGACAUCAUAGCAGCAAAGCAAGACAAGUGCGAGACGUUUAUUUUCCAGCAGCUUGAAGUUGCGGGGAAACAGAUGCCUGAAGAAGAGGUGCGUGAGAUGCUUCAUCAAGGAAAGUGGGAAGUGUUCAACGAAAGCUUGCUUACGGAAGUCAGUAUCACGAAAGCACAACUCUCGGAAAUCGAGCAGAGACAUAAGGAACUUGUUAAUUUGGAGAACCAAAUAAAGGACUUACGGGAUCUUUUUAUUCAAAUAUCUGUUCUGGCUGAAGAACAAGGAGAAAGUAUCAAUAACAUUGAAAUGAUAGUGAACAGCACAAAAGAUUACGUUAACAACACGAAAGAGAAAUUUGGACUAGCUGUAAAAUACAAAAGAAGAAACCCAUGCAGGGCGCUGUGCUGUUGGUGCUGUCCAUGCUGUAGCUCAAAAUAAAAAAGCUAUUUUA